GGAAAGGUAUUCUUCUCUUUGUAGUUCGUGUAGUGAAGGUCGCACAUAUUUAUUAUUGAUUUUAAUUGUUAUUUUUAAUUAAUUUAUUAAACCAUUGUUAUAGUAAAAAAUAGAGUUUAUUUAUUAUUAUCAUAACUAUAUAGAAUUAUUAAUCAUAUACACAAUGUCUUCCCCGUGGUUAAAAAUCCAGCCAGUAGAAGGUCCGAUUAGUUUCGAUGAAAUAACUUCUGAGGAAUUGGCCAAAAGUUUACAAGAAAAGGAAAUUGAAAAAUUCGUGGAAACAAUAGAAGAUAAUAAUGAUGUAAAAGAAAAAUUGGAUUUAUUCGAAAUCGAUGGAACAGAUAGUGAUGAAGUUAUUGCACAUAUGUUGCAAGCUCAAUAUAAUUCUGAGCACGAUUUAGAAUUGAAACGAACUGAAAAUAAAGUCAAUCGUAAUUCAAAAGUAAAUAUUUUAUACUCAAACUAUCGUGUAGGACCUAUUGAGCCCGAAGUUACAAAACCUGCCGUUGAUGAAAACAGAGAUAUCGAUCAUUUUGUUGAAAUAGAGAAAGAAUACGCUUCUCUGCAACGUUGUGGUUACAAGAAGAUUAUUAACGACGAGGAAAAAUCACAAAUUGUGACGAAACAUGAUAUUCUUAUGUCAUCGAGAAUGAAUGCAUGUCGUGUACUUGAAUUUCCGCCAGGAAUUGAAACUGGAGACACAGGAGGAUUUGACGUAAAAUUGGGAAAUCGAGUCUUUAAUGACUUACGUGCCCACAGUCAUGCUCAUUGUUCCAGACAAAAGAGCAAAGCAAAAAAUCACGUGAAACCUAAAAAAAAUCCAUAAAUACUUAUCGAAAUUAAUAUAUAUAUAUAUUUUUAUAAAAAUUAUUAUUUUCAAUAUCAAUUUAAUUUACCUAGUUUCUU